UUAAUUAAGAAAUUCUUACGUUGGUCAUAAAUGAAGAUUCGCAAUCGUGUGAUCAUCUUACAGCUUGCUUAUUGAUAGAAUAACCGAGAAAUUGAGAGAUAAUCGGACAUUCAUUUCGCUUGAAUCAAUCUUGAAGAAUUCGAAUUGAACUUUCACAAAAGAAAAGCCUCCGUCAUUUGUUUCGCAAUGUCACGCCCAACAUCUCCCCAACUCGUGUCGAUAGCGCGUUGCGAGACUCCGCCCAACGCCAUUCUCUCCAACGAACCCCCGCACUGUUUCAAAGAGGUUUUGAGGAAGGCGACAAAAAUUGAAGAAAACAAUGUCGCCGGAAACAGCCAAAAUAAGAAAAAAGAUCCGAACGCGCUUAAGAAGCUCGUGGCACAGAAUAAGGAUGAACUUUUGACGACAGUCAGCCUGCAGAAGCAGAACUUCCUUCACUUUCUGGCUUCUAAGCCGGCGUUUGACAUGUCUACCUCCGAGGGCUUUGCUGUGCAGAAGUUAGUCGCCAGAAUGCUCUUACAGCCUGAUGGCCUGGAGCUGUUGCUGGCGAUUGACAAUAAUGACAACACUCCGCUGCACACAGCUGUUCAAUAUAGCAACCAUAAUUUCCUCAGUGCUGUUUCUGGGCCUCCAAGUCAAGCUCAAACAGUUGAGCAAGUUCGCCGAACUAUUGAACGAGGCAAAGACCAAUGGGCUCGGUGCCGGUCACGAAGCACUUUCUUGCAUGAGGCACUCGCCAGCAGAACCCUUCUCUACAAUGAGAAGCUAGUUCUAGCUCUUAUUGCCCUGGCACCUAGUGCAAUGUUACGCGCUAAAGAUGUCCAUGGACAGACGCCUCUUCAUCUGGCUGUUGAGUACUCAAUGUGCACAGCUCAACGUAUCGCCGUUGUCAAAGCACUUAUUGCUCGCAAGCCAUCAGUUCUUGAGAUGACGGAUAACAAAAAGCGCUCAGUGUACCAAUACCAUGUUCUGUCGAAACCAGAGAGCCAGAAUGACGCAGCAAGCAGCACGAUUUCAGGAGAUCUUGAUAUCGCAGAAACAGCCAAAGAAAUCAAGGAUGAAUUGAUACUUGCGAGUAUGAGGACAAUGUCAUGCCAGGUGGCACAGCGCUGUUUACAUGCCCCGAAAGAAAAGGAAAAAGAAUUGUGGUUUGACUACAUGCCAGCCCGAUCAACAGACAUGACAUAUGAGGAGUUCAAAAAACGCUGGAGUGAUUAUGACUUUGAGGCGACGUUGAAAUAUGUUUCAAUUGCCAAUAUCAAGUUCAAGCGAGACAAAAGCGUUAGUCAAGUUACGAAACAGAACCGCGACGACGCAACGCAUAUCAUUCGCUGGCUACUAACGCAUAAAAAAGUCAAGCGAAUCUUAAACGUUACCGUCGACGACAUGGGUUCGAACUACCAUAGCAAUGAGUCCAUAGAGAAAGCCCUUAAAGGCGCCAAGGUGGAAAUCUUGGACUGGAAACGACCAGAUUUGUGCCCCGCGACCAUCUUCAAGAUUGGUAGCAAUUUGCGAGAACUUCAUCUCCAUUGGGGCGGAAACAACGCUAUUCUACGUGCGUGGAGUGAGGCAGAAGGACUGCCUAUGCUAGCACAGUAUGGUAACCUAGAACGGAUUUUCAUCAUCAGGCCCAAGAAUAGUCCAGAUCUGUCUUCACGCAGAUCGGAGCAGGAGAAGCAAUUUAAUGAUCGCCUAUGGAGUAAUUGGAAGCUCGCGGUGUCUGAAAGACCAGCAACUCCAUCUAAAUCAUUACCAGACAGUACACUGGUAGCUUCGACACAAUCUGAAGGUGGAAAGAGCUCGCAGGAUGAGUCACGGACUUUGGUCAAUCAGUCUCAGGUCUUGGAACCUCAUCAGAGGGCCAAAACCAGUGUGAAGCCUCCAAAGAUAUAUCACAUUGAUGAAGAGGCUUCCGUCGAGUCUACUAUUGGCGGCAAUGGUCACACGGGCGAGAAGGACCAGCAUCGCUGGAUCCAAUGCAUGGAAGACUUCACAAAAGCCUUUCUGCAAAUCAAGCAGCCUUCAGACUCCAGCUCAGUUCAGGUCGCCCUGAUUGAUGACGGAGUCGACACGACAAACAGAUUACUCCAGGGAAAAACAUAUUAUGGGAGAAGUUUUGCAUUUAAUGAUUCAGGCAAACGAAACUAUCCGUACUGGAUGUCUGAUAGCGACCAUGGAACCAUCAUGGCGAGUUUUAUCCGCAAACUCUGCCCAACAGCUAAUAUCUACAUCAUCAAGGUCGCUACUAGGCAGGGAAGACAAAACUCAAAUAGACUAACUAUAGAUGUACCCAGCGCGGUUGAGGCUAUUAACCAUGCAGUGGAUCGUGGGGCCAAGAUUAUAUCCAUGUCCUGGUCCGUGAAACGACCAGCCGAUGAGGGACUACGGCAGAGGUUCAACAACGCAGUGCAAAGGGCGGUUGAUCACAACACCAUCAUGUUAUGUGCAUCCAGCGACCAGGGCGAAAGGGGCAAUGACGAGACAUAUCCGCACGACGCGAAUCGCGCCAACAUCAUCCGCAUUGGCGCAGCGACAGCCACGGGCAACAACGCCGAGUACGUCAACAAAAACAACAUUGACUUUCUCUUCCCGGGCCACGAGAUAUUUCUAAAAGGAAGUAAACCGGAGACAGAGCUAGGAGAUGUCCACAAAGGCUCUUCAGUGGCGACAGCCAUAGCUUCUGGACUAGCAGCCUUGAUAUUAGAGUGUAUCCGGAUCAGCUACGUCUGGAUGUCCAAACCAGAGAAUUGCGGGUCGAUGGAGAUGAUCAUAGACAAGCACUUCGAGGGGAUGGAUUCAAAAGCUAUGAAAGCUGUGUUCAAGGGUAUUAGUAUGUCUGAAUCUCGUUAUAUCUGGGUCUGGGAGACUUUUACUGCUUCUAUCUGUGAGAAGAUUAUAGAUGGAGGGUCUGAUGAUAAGUACGCAGCCGUGGCGAACUUGGCGAAUCUUCUUUUAAAGAAUGGGUUAUAAAAUCACUAUUUAUUAAUAAAUAUGCAAGUUUUUUGCAGUGCUU